GUGUUACCCGAUUUGGAUGUCAAAGGUGCAAAACGUGCAAAAAAUAAAUAAAUAAUUCAGCAUUCGAAGCAAAAAAAAAAAACAGGAAAUCCGGGAAAUUCAUAAAGAUCUUGCCAAGAAACUUUUAGUGGAGCUUAUGGCAAAAACUACUACACAGUAUUAUGAGGGUUGUGGACGCGAGGGACCGAUAAAAUGUAUCUUCCUGAGUGAAUUCCAUCCAGUUCGUGGUUCAAAGAUCUCAUGCCAAGUCCCGGAAGGAUAUGUGCCCAAGGAGCUCUUUCAUGCUGUCAAUGUGUACAUCAUCCCCAAACCCACGGCAAUUCAGCGAUGUGUACUGACCAUUAAUAGUCUGGGAUGUAAGAUUGUGGGGUAUCCAGUGAGGAUUGAGAGUCCCAAAUACGAAAGGAAUGCAUACUACUUCAAUCUCUGCUUCGUGUGCGAUGGCUGGGCCAGGACAAUUCAGUAUGAACCAGUUGUGAAGAAAUUAGCUGAGUACUUAGCUAUGAUGGAGGAGGAAACGUGCUUUCUGUCGCGCGACGCCGGGGGACGCAUUGAAACCCUCCUGGCGCAAACUAUGCAAGAUCUCAACGAGAAGAAAGUCACAACGAUCAUUGAGGGUGACACCACGAUCUACCUGAAGAUUGUCAAUCUACGAACAGAUCCACCCAUUGUGAUGGAUCACAUGGUACCAACGCUUGAGCCUCAGGUGCGGAAUAUGCCACUGGAAUUGUGGGAUCUAACGAGUCAGCAGGUGAUUCCCUACAUCAAUGGCGUUAACCACGUAGCACGCAUUGCAGCUGAAGCAGACGUGGAGAAUGCCCUGGUGAAGGCCUGCAUUCAGAAUCUAGUCUACUACGGUGUUGUGAAGCUACUGCCACUGAUCAAGUACAGCAAUGUCUACAUGUGCACGCGGAAGCUGCAGAAUCUGACCAAGGAUCAAAACCUCUUUCACACUUGUCGAUCCACCAUCAUGCUGAAAGCUGAUCAAGAGAAGCCAACGCUGCACAAGAUUCUCCAGCUGUAUUCCUUCAUGACUCACGGUGUUACACUUCGGACGCUGUGUCAGCGUCUCAGUCCGCGCGACAACAACAUUGACGAGCGGCAGCUGGUGACAUUUGGGCUGGACCAUCAACUGAUUAGGUGCAUAAAUAAAUACCCCGUCUUCACGGGAAGGCAUCCUGAGUUCCCAAUUGGAAGACAGAAGCUAUACACUGGAUUGCAUAGUUUGGAUGAGAUUUGUUCCAUCACGGGACUCUCCCCGUCUAAGAUUGAGGAGGAAAUUGACACGGAUGCUAAUGUUACGGUUAUAUGGAAAUAAUAAUAAAUAAAGGAAUUCGUUCCUGUUCACCUA